AUGAGCAGUAGAGCUGAUGCGACAGCUCUGGCACUUAGAAUGCUCGAGAACAAUGAAAUGAAGAUAAAAAGCCACGAUCUCAAAUCUCCCAUAAAUACCACUAAUGAACGCCCCCUUCGGAAUAUUGAUGAACUGAAUUUCUUGCACUCGGGGACGAAACCUGGUUCGAUUUCUAUGUUGCCUCUUCAGAAUCUCAGCUUCUGCACCCCAAACUCUGAUGAAGAUGAAGUGGGGGCAAUGAUCCCCAAUAAGGCGGGAUACUUGCAUAAACCAACGGGAAUGCACUUCUUGACGCCGCUUUGUCUUUCGAGCCCAUUGCAAAGUGUCUCCCAACACCCACUUUCUAGUGGCCUCGAACUAUCUCAUCGGCAGUUUGUCGCCAACGAAGUGCACGGAAUCAGUCCUUUCAUUCAACGAGCCUCUUUCGCCCCACGUGCAUUCAAGUACCGCGAUUCGGAAUACGAUGUUGUGGAUGAUGAUUUUGCUGAUAGCUCGUCCUUUGGUCAGAUGCCAGUGGAAACAGCAUCCAGUAUAACAACACCUACAGAUUUCUCCCCUUCGCUGGAUGGUGAUAUAUCAUAUGCUAGCGGUGAAUCAUUCCGUUUUGAAGUUUGCCUGCGCGCACCAACCGCAAUGGUGAAAGAUUGGAAGGAAGUUCCGGUGACAUAUCUCAAUAAAGGCCAAACAUACAAUCUCUUAAUAAGAGACUCGAGGUCGCCUAUGACCACCUGCGAACCGCUUCGAUAUAGAACCAUUAUCCGUGUUUGCUUCGAUGAGGAAGAACAAAGAGCAAAAUCGUCGACGUGCUGGCAACUGUGGAAAGAAGGACGAGGCUCCAACGAAGCCCACCAACGCGGCGGAAAACUGUUAGCAGUUGAAUAUGUGAAUACCCUUCAAGGCGGCGAGUCUGACAAGCGCCGUCAGGUCCAAGUCGAGAGCACGUCUGUCGACGGCUUUUGCGUCACUUGGGCACCGAAUAUAGCAACUGGUACAUCGGAAUGCAACAUCCCCGUGCGGUUCAACUUCCUUUCAACCGAUUUCAGCCACUCCAAGGGCAUCAAGGGAAUUCCCGUAAGACUCUGUGCAAAAACUGAGCCUUUUUCACCUGGAAACGGAUCAGGCACAACGCGUGAUAUGGAGUUGUCCUAUUGCAGGGUGAAGCUCUUUCGGGACCAUGGUGCCGAGCGGAAGCUGUCCAACGACAUCGCGCAUGUCAAGAAGACCGUCAAUAAACUUGAGAGGCAGGCGUCACAGGCCGAGGUUAGUGGUGGCCUUGGCAAGCGCAAACGGGGAAAUAACGCUUCUGCUACCGCCGAGGGCUUUGACCGCUCCGUGAAGCUUUCGGGGAACAAGCGUAUUAUGUCAAUAGGCCCAGAAGAUGCUACAGACAACCUCUCUCUGUUAUCUAAAAUGACUAUGACGCAAGGGAUGUUAUCAUCCACUCGUUCAGUCAGUGCGUUUGGCUUGCGCGGCGAUGACGCCGAUGACCCUGAUUUGCAUCCCACCCUAUUGCCAGUUGAUGGGGAGUCUAUCAAUUUUAAGAAAGCAAACCUCCAAACAACAGACAACUUGCAGUCCGGCGAGUCCAUGAUUCCUUCCCCGCCCAACACUCACGCCUCUUCGAAUUCGCCACCUGGAAACACGACUGAAUUGACAAAGCGCCUUACUACCAUCCAAAACUUCCCAUAUAGCGAUCAAGUUGCAAGAGGGCCCCUCAAAACCGUGGGAAUUGAUCCAAAUUAUACACCUCCGUCAGAGCGCACCCCCAGGCCGGUCGCAUGCUUCUAUGUUCGACUCAGCGGAGUCGAGAAAGGAACAGAGCAUCACCCACCGGACUACUACCGUGCAAUUUACUUGUCAGAGCGCACCGCCCAUGACCUGAUAAAAGAAAUCUCGAUGAAAUACCACAUUGAUCCUAGGCGCGUCGCUCGUAUCAUGCACAUCAACGAAAAGGGCAUGUAUGUUAUGGUUGAUGAUGAUGUGGUCAGCGAGCUUCCAGAGAGUCAAGAUAUGAUCCUCGAAAUCCAUGGAGCGCCAGGCUCCGAUGAUAGUCAACCUGGCACACCUGAGUCACCUAUAGAGAUUUGUUUAAUUUUUAAACACUCGGCUUAG